UCAUGAGGCACCUUUUCCUUGCCUACCUAGCCUUGUUCCGUCGCACGUCCGUGAGCCGUCCAAGCUUGGGCUUGUCUGAGCAGAACGCCGUAGAAUUCCUUAUCCGUGCUCACGAUGACGAAGUGGGGUCAUUGAUAUCUACCGGUAUAGUACUCACUACAUAUAUACAGUUGUGUAGGAAGGGCGAGUCCUUCGAUGGCGCUGGUACCUCACUUUUCUUGCAAGUCCACCACUCUAGGUAUUGGGCACGCAUCCUGUCAGCCUCGGGAUACGUUCCAGGCUAUACAGGGUCUCUCUAUCAACCAUGUCGCCGUAAGUGUUUCCUGCGGUGGCGUAUGCCUCAUAUGGCCCGCUGACCAUAUUCCAAGUGACGGAGCAGCCUCUAAGCGGCCUCCAAAGCUACGAUCGGCCUGCAACGAGUGCCACGCAGCCAAGGUCCGGUGUUCUGGGGAGAAAACAGGCUGCCAACGCUGCGCGAAUCUGAACCUAGGAUGUAUCUUUGCCAUUUCAAGGAUAGGAAAAGUCCCAGGGAAACGAAGCAAGGCAAAUCGGGCAGCAGCAGCAGCAGCAGCAGCAGCAGCGGCGGCGGCGGCGUCUUCAUCAACUUCAACCCUAGCUUCGAAUUCGACGGGUUCCAUAAGUAGCUCCACGGCUUCUUUGAUGUCACCAGAGAUCACCGUCAAUGAACUCCAUUCAUCACAUGCUAGGAGGUGGUCGGAAAGCCAUGUGUCUGAUGUGGCAAUCAGCGGGGUACAAUAUGGUGCCCACGAAACAGAUAUGAAUUCAAGAGUAAUCCAAAUGCCAACCCAUGUCUGUUCUGUCGACCAGCCAUUACAUUCGGAAGGCUACAGUCGACCAGAAUCCUUGAUUAUGCCCGACGGCUUACAUGGAUCUUAUACUGGAAUCACAGAGCCAGCUUCGAAUGACAUAGACAUGGCGCUCGCUCAAAUGAACGACAACAGUUGGAACGCAAAGAUAGAACCACCCACCCGUGUCAUGUUGUCUCCCGCCUUAACGAGUCCUGUGAACGAUGGAUAUUGGGCGCACGGUUGUCAGAGGAACUACACUGUGAAGACCGAAGGGGAAGAGUUCAGCAACACCGACGGUACAGGAGGGCAUAUCGCCGACACUUCCGGCAUUCCAGUGGGCCAAGCAUCUACGCCUCCUGUUCCACAGCUGAUGACACCCCCGGAGUUGUUCCUCGACGAGAAUUCAUACCCAAUGGGUGUCAUGGAUCCAUUGACGCCAGGAAGUAUUUGCACGUUGUACCUCCACCUCAUCCAAAACAUCGAGAGAACGAUUCAGAUCGGGCGGCAACAGAGCAAGAGUGGGCAUACAGUUGAUUCGGUGCUGGCGGCCAACCAACAGUUUCUGACGACGCUGCUGCAAAUCACAGUGAAUCCCAAUUUUGGGCAGGUAUAUGAUGAUCACUUGCUAUUCUUCGUCGCCUUCAACAAAAUCCUCGAUCUGUUCAGCUUUGGCUACCGAGACUUCAUAAUGCGACUAGACGCGCACGAAUCCGUGGGCUGCUCGGAUCGAUUGAUACGUUUCGGAGUCUUCGAGAUCGAUUUCGUUGAGCAAAAGAUCAUUUGCCGUAGCAUCUUAAUGCGAGAAUUGAAACGCGCCAGCACGUGUUUGUCGAGGAUGGUGGAUGCCCUGGGUAAAGUAGAUCCACGGUGCGGAAUGGGAAGGCAUGAGAACCUCUGCAGGGAGAUGGACUUGCGUCUUGAACAGUUGAUGUGUGCCCUGGAGGAAACAUUGGCGAGAUGACCGGACCACCACCCACAAGCUGAUUGUACAUGGAAGAAAUUAUGAGAAGGAUGGUACAUAUGUUGUUGUUUUGAACUGGGCAAUAUCACAGCAGGAAGUUUGGGCUUCAUCCGGCCGGAUUAACAAGCCAUUGGCCCCGUGCCAAACCUUCUCGACUGGUUGAGGGG